UAGAUCAGUCCCGGUCGGAGCAGCAGCCGGGGGGCGGAGCUGAUCUCUGCGGGGGACGGAGCCUCUCGGCCGGGAUGGAGCCUCUCUCUCCCCGCCGGUCCUUCCUCUGAGUCCGGCUGGUAGGUCUCUGAGUGUCGGCCUGAAGAUGUCUGUGUCCGGGAUGAAGAAGCAGCUCCACAAGGCCAGCCAGCUGCUGAACGAGAGGCUGAUGGGAGCUGAAGGAACAAAGAUGGAUGAAGACUUCCUGAAGAUGGAGAAGGGCGUCACAGUCAUCAACUCUCUGCUGGCUGAGCUGCUCUGCAAAACUACAGAGUUCCUGCAACCAAACCCAGCGUACAGAGCCAAACUGAGCAUGCUCAACACCAUGUCCAGGAUCCGGGGACAGGCCAGGUCUGUGGGUUACCCGCAGACAGAGGGCAUGCUGGGAGAAUGUAUGAGUGUGUACGGGCAGGAGCUCGGAGUGGCUUCAGAUUUCGGUGGCGCUCUGUCCGGUGUGGGGGAUGCUCUGCAGGAGGUCGCUCAGGCUCGGGACACGAUGGACGUCAACGUGAAGCGCUCCUUCAUCGACCCGCUGCAGGAGCUGAACAACACGGAGCUGAAGGAGAUCAGGUACCAGCUGAAGAAGCUGAACGGUCGCCGGCUGGACUUCGACUACAAGAGGAGGCGGAGAGGAAAGGUCCCGGCAGACGAGAUGCGACAGGCCUGGGACAAGUUCAGCUCGUCCAAAGAGCAGGCGGAGAGGAGCAUGUUCAUCCUGCUGCAGAGCGACGUGGAUCAGCUCAAUCCUCUGGCAGCUAUGAUCACUGAACUUUUGGACUUUCACCGUAACGCCCACCACAUCCUGCUGAGUCUGCAUGACCAGCUGCAGGCCAGGCUGACGGCUGCGUCCAACAGACCACAGAGACGCUUCAGGCCCAAGAAGAUCCGGAUCAGAAGCGAGCACAACGGCAGCCUCGGGUUUUACCACCAGCCGUCCCUCACGUCCACGGUGUCCUCCGCAGACCAGUUCACAGUCCUGUCGUCCAGACCGGGCAGUCCCAUCUCCUGUUACGCCAACAGUAAGAUGGUCCUGGAUCAGCCGUGCUGUCGGGCGCUGUACUCGUUCCACCCGAACCAGGACGGGGAGCUGGACUUCAGCGAGGGCGACAUCAUCAUCCUCACCAACCAGGUGGACUCUAACUGGUACGAGGGCGCGCUGGGCAGCCAGUCGGGGCUGUUCCCCGUCAGCUACGUGGACGUCCUGGUUCCUCUGCCUUUACCACAACACACUUAGAGUCAGGCUGAACGUCCAAGCGCUCACACCGGGACGAUAUGCAACCUUACUGAUCCUUAUUUGCACUUUGUCACAAUCAGCAGGCGACUGUCUGUCCGACAGGAAGAAGGCCAUAGUUUCUACUGAAGAGCACUUUACUUCCUGGUCUCAUGUUUCCUUUGAACACCAGGCGUGAACAGAGCUCAGUCAGUAAGAACACUGAUUCCCUUUAAGACUGUCACCCUCUCCUCCUGCACAAACCUGCUCCUGCCUUCACAUCACCUCUCUCCUUCAGACUUUGACACACUGAAUGCAGCCGCUGACGGCGUCUUCUUUUCAUGCAGUCAUCUAGAAAGUGAGGUCACACGUUCAUUAGUUCACCUUCUUAGAAAAAGGAGCUUUCUCACCUUAAAAUCACGAUAACACAUCGAUUCUUUGGAGCAGACAGCAGCAGCUCGUAUUGAUCCAUGAACAGCUGUGAGGAGUUAAAAUCAAACAUCAAUAAAAAAAAAUCACAAAUUAGAUUAUUUUAUAGUUUCAAAAAAAGCA